AUGAAGUCUUUCGCCAUCUCUGCCGCUGUUUUCGCCUCGACUGUUAUGGCUCUGCCUGCCAACAUACCAUCGGGCACCACCGGUCCUCUACCCUCUGGAGUUCCCUCUUGCCUGCCCUCCGGAGUCAUCUACCCGGGUAUCCCCCUGCCCGUGGCAUCAAUGAUUCCCACUUGCUCCGGUGCAGCUACAAGCUCCUUAUUCUCCAACAUGCCCAGCCCUACCAGCGCAGUUUCUGAUAUGACAAAGGGCUCCGGCGCCGGACAAGUUCUUUCCAUUAUCAACCAGGCCGGAACCGCGAACUUCAAAUUGGUGGCCGAGUCCGAGCUCGAGCGUUUGAUGAGAAAACUACCCCUCAGCGUGCUCGAGAAGCCCGUUGGCCAGGUUAUUCAAACUGCCGAGUCCGUUGACCAGCUCGACACCAAGAGCGGGUCUGGCCUCACCAAGGUCACUGCUAUCCUUGAGAAUGGCAACGCCGCCCUCAUCGAGCUGACCCAGGGAGUCGUCGAUCUUCUCUCCAGUCUUGGACUUGGCGAUGUUGGCAGCCUUCUCGGUUCCAUCGUUGGCGGUCUUGAGUCAAUCACCGGCAACGUCAAGCGCGACAACCCUCUCCAAAAUAUUCUGUCCAUCACUGACGUGGAUGGACUUGCUGGUGGUGAGGACCUUCUCGUCCAGGUUGAGCCUACCCUCCUUGGUCUCCUCAGCGGUCUUGACUUCUCCACAAUCGAGGGCCCCGUCGGCAACGUCGUCGCCAUGGCCCCGUCCCUCUCCGAGCUCAAAUCCAAGGUCCCCAAAAUUCCCAGUGCUGACUUUAUUGCUGUUAACACUGAGACCAAGGCUUCCGUUCUUUUGGUUAAGGUUGACGGCGCUGUCCAGGGUCUCUUUUCCACUCUCGGCCUUGGUAGCCUCGGCACUGCCAUCGGCUCCAUCAUCUCCUCUGUCAAGAGUGCCCUCUCCUAG